AUGCUCCCGCAACAACAACUGCCAAUCCCAUACAUUGUGCCUCCCCAUCUGGAGGAAUACAACAUCCCGCUGUCCGCGUUCGCGGCCGCCCGUCCUCAGUUCCACAACAUCGUCGGCGGUGCGUUCAUCUUCUCGACCACCGUGCCGGACGCCGUGACUUCGAUUACUACAUCUACUUCUACUCCUACAACUAGCUCGAAAAGAGCAGCGCAGGGGACGACAUCAUCCACGACGACAGCAUCCACACCUCCGCCUCCGCCU